AAGGAUCCUCCAUUGAUGAUCUGCAGUAGUAAUUAAUGGAUAAGCUCCGCGGCCUCUGCCUCUGCGUCUGCGUCGUACUAAUUAUCGUAUCGGCGGGAGAUGCGCAGCUGUCCGAGGAUUUUUACGCGUCCACUUGUCCUAAUGUUGAGGAUAUUGUCCGCCAGGCAAUCGUCACAAAAUUGAGCGAGACCUUCAUUACCAUCCCCGCUGUUGUUCGACUCUUCUUCCACGAUUGCAUGGUCGAGGGAUGCGACGCCUCGGUUCUUAUCUUUUCACCGAACAAUGAUGCAGAACGAGAUGCACCCGACAAUAUAUCCUUAGCCGGAGACGGGUUCGAUGCAAUCAUCCGGGCCAAGCAAGCCGUCGAGGCCCAAUGCCCCGGCGUAGUCUCAUGUGCCGACGUUUUAGCCAUAGCAGCUAGAGAUGUCGUAGUUCUGUCGGGAGGUCCGGGCUACCCCGUCGAGAAGGGAAGGCGCGACGGAAAAAUUUCCCUAGCUUCGCGAGUCGAAGGCCGGCUACCCGAGCCGUCGUUCGACUUAGUUCAACUCAACACGAUUUUUGCGAGGAACAACCUAACGCAAACCGACAUGAUCGCGUUGUCGGGAUGCCACACGGUCGGAUUCUCCCAUUGCAACCGUUUCGCCGAUCGAAUUUAUUCAUUCUCGCCGUCCAACCCCGUCGACCCGUCCCUCGACCCGGACUACGCCCAGCAGCUGAUGCAAAUGUGCCCUCGGGACGUCGACCCGACCAUUGCCAUCAACAUGGAUCCCUCGACUCCGCAAACGUUCGACAACGUCUAUUAUCAGAAUCUCGCCAGCGGGAGGGGAUUGUUCACUUCCGACCAAAUUCUGUUCAACGAUCCUCGAUCGCAGCCUACGGUUUUGGAUUUUGCUCAAAAUCCCGGGGACUUUAACGGGGCUUUUAUUACGGCGAUGAUUAAGCUCGGCCGUGUUGGAGUCAAAACGGGAAAAAAUGGUGAAAUUAGGCGGGAUUGUUCUUUUUUUAAUUCGUAAAUAUGUUCGUUAGAAAGUUUACGCGACUGAAAACAUAUCCAAAAUGGACGCGAAUAAAACAAUUGUACUAAAGUGAAUGUGUUUUUAACAUAAGUGUCGGAAUAAUUUUGGAAAGUUAUACUUUAUUUGUUUUGGCUUUUUGUAAAUGUUCUAUUCAUGCACUUUGUUUUUGGAAAGUUAGAUUAAAUUAUCGACUAAGAGAAGAAUUUGUACAACUAAA